AUGUCGCAACAUCAACAAACCCCGCCUCAAAUGACUAAGCCAGAGGUAUCCCCUGAUUCAUUGAGCCAAUUUAUGACAGAAACCAGAUCUUCUAUUCGGAGCUUAGAAACACAAGUUGGCCAACUUGCAAAGUUACUGGCGGAUCAUAAUCAAGCUACUUUACCUAGUUCAACUAUGGCGAAUCCCAAAGAGCAAUGUCGAGCUAUCACUUUGAGGAGCGGGACUAAGUAUGAGGGGCCUACAGUAGAAAACAAGGGUAAGAAGAUAGAGGAUCAACAUGUCACUAGUCCAACACAAGAGGAGGUUACUGAAGACCUUCCAAAGAAAGAGAAGCCAAAAUACAUUGAGCCUACACCAAAAAUUCCAUACCCUCAACGGUUCCGAAAGGCUAAUCUUGACAAACAAGUUUCUAAAUUUUUGGAUAUCUUUCGAAAACUACACAUUAACAUCCCUUUUGCAGAGGCUUUAGAACAAAUGACAAGUUAUGUGAAGUUUAUGAAAUAA